GUUAAAUAAAGUCUAGCAAUGUCAGAGACAUGCAUUGAUGAUCUUUAAUGGAUAAUUGUUUGAUUUAUCCAUAUUCUUCAGCAUUUAGUAGAAAUUUAAUGAGACCCAUGGUUCCUUUCGGUCCUAGAACUGCCAUUUGCCAAUCGCCAUUUUUGCCGUUUCGCACUGACAACGUUUUUUGAAAUAGGUAUAUAUAAUGUCUCGACCAUCUGCUUUAUCACGAACGAACAUCCUAUAAUAUACUCCUUACACAGGUAGCCCGGUCAUAACACAGGUAGCCCGGACAAUACAGUCACUGCUUGAGAUGGCUAGACGGCUGGCUAGACAAUGGAACGCCAUGUUUGAACUGGAUUUAGUUGUGUUUUUCUGAAGCUAUCAGGACUUCCCCCACAUUUAGGCGACUUUCUGGAUUCCUAAGGAGAAGCUGUUGAGGAUGGCCCCUAAAACCACUGUGAAACAGAGAAAAUCAACCGCCUGCACCAAAAAAUCAGCCCCAGUUGGGGAAUUAAAUGACUCCAAACACAGCACAAUGAAGAAUGUCAUCCCACAUGGGGCAUUACCACUACCUGAGAUCACACUUUACUGCACAGUGUGGAUGUCAAUAAUGGUCUACUUCGUGUAUGUUGUCAUUGAAGCUUCAAACGAGUAUAAAGAUCAUCUCUGGCCUGGUGAUUUCUCCAAGGGAUGGAAGUUCAUUGGGCGUGACAAGGAUAUUUGUGAUGCUGAAUGGGAAUUCUGGUCUAAUCUCAAGUUGGAGAUGAUUCUCGCUUAUUGUCUGCAUUCCACCGGUGGCUUGGUUAUUUCUCAUUACCUUCCCAUGGCACGCAGAUGGUAUUAUCCAGCCUUUACUGUUGCCUUUUUGGUACUGCUAGUUGGUAUCAAGUCUGUUCUCUACGUGGUUGCAGUCUGUACUGUAUUCUACCUCACUUCUAGGACACAGUCUGUUGCUUUGGUCUGGACCACAGUUAUUGGAAUUUUGGCAACGCUGCAGUUUGAAACUGCCAGAAACUUCCAGUUUCAGUUUCUGUCAAGCAAUCCUGGCAAGAAUGAGAUUGUUCUGUUUGUGACGCUGAUGUCUCUUCUGAGAUGUGUUAGCUUCUGCCUUGAGUGUUGCUGGCACCGGCAAGAUGGUGCUGGUGUUACAAGUGAUAAAACUGAUAAGCCAUUACCAUCUUUCACCCUACUUGACCUGUUACUCUAUAAUUUCUACCUUCCACUUUUUGCAAAUGGACCUCUCAUGACCUACAAGGAUUUCUAUACUCAAUUUCACCAGCCAGUGCAGCUGCUAACAAAACCAGAGCUCCUUACUAUCCUAUGGGACGCUAUACGCACUCUCUGGUGGUAUAUAUUCCUAGAGCUGUACCUUCACUAUAUGUACUCUGCCGCUCUUGUGAGAAAAGACCCUGUGUUUAAGGGCCUGUCGGUAUGGACUAUCACAGGGAUCAUGUACUCUCAACUCAACAUCUUCCUCGUGAAGUAUGUGGUCUUGUACCGUCUCUCUGGCCUGUUUGCGAGGUUUGACCAUCUAGACCCUCCUGGAGCUCCACGCUGAGUUUCCACCUUGUACUUAUUUGGAGACAUGUGGAGAUAUUUUGAUAGGGGGUUAAACGUCUGGUUGAAACGAUAUAUCUAUAUCCCUAUGGGAGGGUCCCAAAAGGGGAUUCCCCGCCAGAUAACAGGAUCGUUUCUAGCAUUCACGUUCGUGUGGGCGUGGCACGGGGGUCAGGUGGACAUCUUGUGGUGGGUCAUCCCUAAUUGGCUUGGUGUAGUCAUAGAGGGACUGGCAGGAGUUGUGUCCGACCUACCGGAAGUGAAAGCAAGAGAGCUAAGUUUGUCGGAAAGCAAUCGGCGCCGUGUUCGUGCAUUGUUCGGGUCUGUUACGUUGUGCUGUCUCUUCCUUAGUAACCUCGUGUUUCUACAAGGUUAUGAGCCUGUUUGGUACUACAUUACUAGAGUCUACUGGCAAGGAUUCCCUGUGUGUCCGCUUGUUUCGCUGUGCGUGAUUUAUUGCUAUGUACAAACUAACAUGGAACUAAACAGAUACAAGCGUGGAAAGUGGUGAUCUGGCUUACUGUUGUACAUGUUCAAGAAAUGUGUAGUUCCAGAAAAUAUCCAUACCCUCCCCCCCCCCUCCCUCCCACGGAGGGGAUUGGAAAUUCCGGAGAGGUGGGGGUUUAAGACGCCCAGGAAUUUUCAGAGGGGAGGAGGGGUAAAAUGCCCCUUUUCCUUAAAAGUUACUGUAUUUAUUUAUUUUUUUCCAGCGUGUUGAAAAUUCCAGGGUAGGGGGUCAUACCUCCGACCUCUCAAUGGGGGGAUGGGGAAUAUGGAUAUUUUCUGGAACUACACAAUAAGAUUGAUACAUACAAGCGAGAUUAUCCUUUCGCGCAUUCUCGAACCAUUACCGAGAGGGGACUGAGUUGGUUAGUGUUUCAAGAUUGUGGCUAAAAAUAAGCAACAUCGCGUGUGUUUGAAAAUCUGUAAAAUAAUCAGAAUUGAAGAAAAUCGAUUUUUUUCCCGGCAAAGUGAGCAUCAGCUAAUAUACAUUUUGCCCAAACGGUGUUCCCUUUCAUUGGGAAAGCACUUUAAGGAUUUUUCCAGUUUCUCAUGUCUAAUAUCGUUACUCUAGAUAGUUGUUUUAUUUAAUGUGUUGUAGGUGCUAUUUCGGUUUUUUACGUAUUUUGUAUCGUAGAUAAAUUAAAGUAUCGUUUGACUGUAUGGUGGCUUUUGAAAAUAAGAGCAUGUCAAUAGCCCUGGUUUCAUGUUUGCAAUGUGAUCUCAACAUUUUAAGGAUGGAAGUAACGUUACUGUUCAUGUACUAAACUUAUCCACAGAUAAAAGCGUUGCCUUCUUUCUAGAGUUUGUAGAGAAGGGAAACAGUGACAAACAAGAUUGUAAAUGUAUAUUCUACAAGAAUGAAAAGGAAAUUGAAAACUAA